AUGAUUAAAUGCAACAUUAAUCGAUCAAAUGAUACGGAUACUGAGACAUCAUUUUCAUCGAAACAACAACAACCACAAUCUGGUUCGAUAUUAGAUGAUGAACAAAAAGCAGUAUUUGCUCUUACAGCCACAUCAGAAAAAUUGCCAGAAAUAUCUAAAAAACAAAAUGUUACACCAUCACGUCCAAAGAUACCAAAGAAAUCUGCUUCAAUACAUUGUCAAACGGAAUGGACAUGGAAAGAUAUGGAAAUGCUCGAACGAUAUCGAGUUAAAGAACCUGAACCUGAAGAGUCGGAUAGUGACGUUGAUUCAAAAAAGAAAGUUACCGAAGCAUCAGAACAAGAUUUAUCAAAAAUGUUACCUGAAUUGCCAAUUAUAGCAUCUGUUGGACCACCACCUAUUUUACAGUAUAAUCCAGAAUCGAAACAUAAAAAUGAUUUAUAUGAAACACUUGAAGAAAAGACUGAAGCUGAAUUUCGUGAGUUAGGUAUUCAUAUCUAUGGACAUGUUCCAUGUGAAUUUUGUGGUCAUGAACUACUUGAAUGGCCAACAAUUGUUGAACAAGAAAAAUCUCCACCAAAAGAACUAUUUUGUUGUACUGAAUAUCGUGACUUUGUUGAAGCUGUACUUGAAAUGCAAAAAGAAGAAAAUCAAAAACUUGAUUCUAUACCAAUUGAUAUACAACCACAUGCUAAAGUUCGUAGUCGACGAGCUCGUCUAUUAGCUGAAGAACGAGCUAAAGCAAGACUUUGGGAACGUCAUGAGGCUGAACAAAAACGACUUGAAGAACAAGUACAAGAAUUAUCAAAUGCUUCACAUUCUAAAUCUACUGGGCGUCAUGCACAGGGUAAUGCAGGACGAAAACAUCAUGGAAGACAUAAUCCAAAUGAUGCAACUGGCAAUGCAGUUGAAAGAUAUUUACAAGAAUUAAAUUUAUAUCGUGUUGUAAUACCAAUUUCUAACAACUCACAAUUGCCGAGUACCACAUCGGACUCGGCUAUGGCAGCACGAAUGAAAACAUUUACAUAUCAAUUAUCGAAUUUAAAAUAUGUUGAAGAAGGUUACACAUUAAGAGGACCAGUCGAUUUUGAAAUAAGUUCAGAUGAAGAAUCUGAUAAUGAAGAACAUAUACUCAUACCAAGAGAUAUUUCGUCUACGGAAAUAAAAAAACAUGAAAAACCAUUAGUUCAACGAUUUUAUAAAGAUGGAACUACAGCAGCUAUUCUUUUUCCAACUGGAACAGGUUCUAUUUAUUAUCCAUCGGGUAAUUUAGCUAUAAGUAUCUCAGAAGUUGCUCGUGCUAUGCUUUUAUAUACUGCCUUUACUGAUGAAUCAAAAACUGCAGCAAAACAAAUUGCACAAUUUGAUCCAUUUGGAAAUGGUUAUUGUAAUUUUUUAAAUGGAACAUUAAGAUUACAUUUGACAGCACUCGAAGGUUUAGAAUUAAAUUUUGAUGGAACACGUCGACGUCGUUGGAAUUGGUGGGCAAAAGUAAAUACAACUGGUGACCCACAUGUACAUGCACCACCAUGUCAACCAGUACUAUUUCAUUUAAAUGAUGAAAUUGUAAUUAAAGUUUGUUCACAAGAAAAAACUUAUAUGAAAUUUUCUAGUGAACUUGUUGAACUUAAAUUUAAAGUUGGUUCGAGAUUAAAAGUUAAUAAUGUGAAUAAUUUACCAACAACACAAAAAAGUGAUAUAUAUGAUAGUUAUUUAAAAAAGAAAAGUACUAUUGUAACACGUUUAUUAAAAAGUAUUCAAUCAGAAGCUCAACAAUAUAUUAAAAGUCAAGAACCAACACGAUCUUCUCUAGAGCCUUUACGUAGCACACAAGAUCCAUUACGAGCGUCUCAAAAAACAGCAGUAGUUAAUCUUUCGCAACAAAAUCGUACGAAAAAUCCUGUAAAAGAAAGUUUAUUUCCACCUAUACGACAAAAUGAAGAAAAAGUUCAAAAUAAUCGUAAAAUUUAUCGUAGUGUUAUUGUAACAUAA